AUGAAUCUUCUUCCUUCCUCUGCAGCUGCUGUUGUGGUCGUGAUUGCCGCCAUGAUGAUGACCUUGGUUCUCGCACAAGAACAGAUUGAUAUCAAACGAUACAAUAUUGAACCUGGUUCAUUGAGUGUUUCAGGAAUUUCUGCUGGAGGCUUUAUGGCAGCUCAAUUUCAAGUGGCCUUUUCCAAGUCCGUGAAAGGAAGUGGUAUUAUUGCUGGAGGUCCAUAUGAUUGCGCUCAAGGACAAAUGUUGACCGCUCUCAUGGCUUGUAUGAAGUCACCAUCGAGCAUUUCCCUCAGCUCAAUUGCUGCCACUGUAUCCUCUUAUGAGAAGCAAGGGCUUAUUGAUCCUACAUCCAACAUUAAGAAUCACAAGAUUUACUUGUUCUCUGGUACUCAGGACUCUGUGGUUGCUCAAGGAGUCAUGACCAAGCUCCUCGAUCAAUAUACGAACAAUUUUGGAGUGAGCAAGUCGAACAUUGUGACUGAUUUCAACACUCCAGCUCAACACUCCAUGAUCACCAACGACUAUGGAAACUCGUGUGGAUAUUUGGGUUCCCCUUACAUUAACAAUUGUGGUAUUGAUGGUGCAGGCAACGUUUUCAAGCAAGUUUAUCCUGACUUUAAGACUGGAGGAAGUGCUGUGAGUGGAAACUUGUUCACCUACAAGCAAAGUGGACGAUAUAGCGCAAGCUCUCUCGAUUCCAAUGGCUACAUUUAUAUUCCUACUGCUUGUCAACAAGGAGCUUCAUGUAAAAUCUCCAUUGCUUUCCACGGAUGCAAUCAAGGAGCUAGUGUCAUUGGUACUUCCUAUGUUGCCAAUGCUGGUUACAACAAACAUGCCGAGUUGAACAAUAUCAUUGUUGUGUAUCCACAAGUUGCUGUUUCGUAUUUCAAUCCAAUGAAUUCACAAGGUUGCUUCGAUUGGUUUGGAUAUUCAGGAUCAUCAUAUGCCACCAAGCAAGGAUCACAAAUGGCAGCCAUUGCUAACCUUAUUACAGACUUGGGCUAUACUUUGUAA